AUGGCCGCCCUAACCGAGGCCGAUGUGGUUACGGCUCCCCGGCCGUCCUCCUUUUCAGGGACGAGCAGCGCAAGCUAUCUCGAUGAGCUACAACUGCAACAACUGCAACAACUGCAGCCACAACAACGACCGAGCCAGCAGCAACAGCGUCCGCACACUUCGCGGUUUGUCGAAGGCUCCAUGAACGACCGUGCGAGUCGUGCACCGCCCGUCUCCUACCUAGGAGGUAUUGGUGGCAGCAAUGACCGUGGCAGCCGCACGCGCUCCCGAUCUCGUGAUCGGGGCGACGGUGGCCGAGAGGAUCCGUAUGCCCACCGCGAGUACCAAACAAGCACCCGCCGCUCCCUGCAAAUGGCUCGCCCGUCGCUUUCCGCUUUCCGCUCAUCCAACAGCGCCACUGCCUCGGCAGGCACGUCUGCCUCAAUAACAUCGACAGACACAGCGGAUACCGCGGUCACCAGUUCUACGACGGCGAGCACUAGCAGCAGCCUGCGCCGCCCUCGGAGCUUCCUGGGGCCCAUCUGGGACGGCGUGACGAAGCGUCUGCACCGCCGCACACGCAGCACAGUCGAGGCCGACAUGGCCAAGAAGCGUGAGCAGGAGCAGGAGCUGCAGCAGCAGCAGCAUCAAGACCACAUGCAAGCAAGGGGCCCAACGCCUGCCACGGCUACCCUGCCUGGUGACAUGCCAAGUGGCGACCGACUUUCGCCGGAAGAGGUGAUGGCCAACUACCAGCAGCUCAUGCAGUCUGGGUUCUUCAGCAAGCGGGCGAUUCCCGCGACGCGCCAGGGCCUUACUAGCCGCGGUGGCACCAGCAACGGCACGGAUAGCGGUGCUCCUAUUGGCACGGAAGUACACGCUGCAUGCCCGACCCGCCCGCCUCCACCGCCUCCGCCGCCGCCCAAGUCGGCACCGUGGAUCAACGGGACCCCACUGUCGCCUGUUGCGCCGUCUCCAGCUGGCACUGCUACCAUUACCCUCACACCGCGCGGUACAAAACGUGUCCGCGCUCCUGCCGAUGAAGGCGAGGAUGUUGACGGCCGUCAUGACGCUGCAGUUGAAAAGCCCACCGGCUCUGCCGUCCGCUCUAGCACCGAUGUCACCUCGGGGUCGCCUACCCGCAACAGUCCGCGGAAGAUCAGCAAGAAGUUGCGUAAGGCGCCUUCGAUCCGUUCGACACCGGGACAGGACGGCAGUGUACGCAGCCUUCGGAGCAUGCACAAGGCUGCUGCCGCGGCGGCUGCCGCUGCGGAAGCAGAGUACUACGAGACGAUCUGCAAGCAGCCCUCUUUCGACUACAGUGCAUAUGACUCUGCAGCAUCAACGACGCGGAUCACCCGGAGCAAGUCUGGGCAGGCACCUGUUCGGGUUCACCAGCCUCUUCCGCCUCUCCCUGUGUCUGCUGCUGCAGCCGUGGCUACUGGCGGCGAUAAGCGUAUUGUGUCUAAGAAGCGCAAGGAAACAAGCCGGACCGCUAGCUCGGAAGAGGAACGCAGCAGCUUCUAUAACCACAAGUCUGCAGUCAAGCCCUCUGGAUGUCGUUCAGAGGCACCUCAGGAGACGCAGAGAAAGAGACGCUCGCAGACCGCGGCUGCUGUAGUGCACCAGGACCGUCAAGGCCGCACCACCGGUGAUGCCAUGAUCCUCGACGAUGAUCGCAGCCGGGCACAAAAGGAGAAGCGGAAUGACGAUACUCUCCGCCCAGAACCAUCGACUCACAGCCACCGUCCUAUGGACGCACUCAGCCCUACCACCGCUAGCCGUGGUGGUGGCCUCAGAAACAGCAGUGAUAACGGGCGUGCCGCUCUGACGACCCUCUCACCGUCGUCCUCUCAAAAGAAGCAGCUGCAACAGUCGCAGCCCCGAAAGCAAACAGAGCGCCCGGAACCGCCUAUUAGCUUCCACUACCCGCAGCGCGUCCGUGUACGGCGGCCCAUGCAAGCACAGGUUGUUGAGGUCACCGCGGCACCCAUGUUGUCAGCCAAUGCUAGAAGCAAGCCCCAGAUCAACGGCAAGAGUCUUUUGUUCCGCGAAGAGGACACCGAGAACCAGGUGCCAAUUUGGCAGGACUAA